GCGGCGGCGGCGGGCGCGGGGAGCGCGGGCGGUGCGGGCGGGCGGAGCGCAGCGGUGGAGCGGAGCGGCGAGCAGCGCGGCCGCCACAAAGCCCCGGCGGCGCGGGCCGGUGUGCGCGCGGGCGCGCGGUGCGGGCGGGCCGGCGGCUGCGGGUGCGGGUGCGGGUGCGGGCGCGGGCGCGGGCGCCCGGAGGCGGCGGCUCCCCUGCGCGCUGCUCCGAGCCACCCCGCCUGCCCGGCCGACUUUGGCGGCGCCGAGCCCGCGCCCUUUCUUCCCCGCGCUGCCCGCCCGGAGCCCCGCGCAGCUGGCAUGCACGCGCCCCCCCUUUGCAGCCCCUGAAGCCCCCGAGCCGGGGUGCCGCGGGGGGGGGGGCCGAGGACCACUUUUCCCUUCCUUCUUUCCUUUCUUUUUUUUCCCUCGCAAAUCGAGAGACUUUGCCUUCCCUCGGGUAUCCGGCUCCAUCCCGCCCCGCGCCGGGCGCGGGGACAGCGCGGCUCGUCGAGGAGCUCGGCCGCUCAAGCGGCUGCAGCAGAGGACAACGACAGCCCGGCAGCGGCAGGCGGACAGCACCCCAGUUCCUGAGCUGUCCCCCACCUCCCUGCAGACGGAAGACUGGCCAGCAGCCCAUGCUGUAGAGCGGGGCAUGCAGAUGGGAUUACCGUCCACAGGGAGAUAUGGGAGAGGACGGGACAUUGGCACCGUAGCCAUGGUCAGCUGGGGGCGCUCCAUCUGCCUGGUGGUGGUUGUCAUGGCAGCCUUGUCUCUGGCCCGGCCCUCCUUCCAUUUAGUUGAGGACACCACGUCAGAGCCGGAAGAGCCGCCCACCAAAUACCAAAUCUCCCAGCCGGAAGUGUACGUGGCUGCGGCCGGGGAGGCGCUAGAGCUGCGCUGCCAGCUGAGAGCGGCCACCACGAUCAGUUGGACUAAAGAUGGGGUUCACUUGGGGCCCAGCAAUAGGACAGUGCUUAUUGGGGAGUAUUUGCAGAUUAAAGGUGCCACGUCUAGAGACUCCGGCCUGUAUGCUUGCACUGCCGCUAGGACGGUAGACAGUGACACUAUCUACUUCGUGGUGAAUGUCACAGAUGCCAUCACGUCGGGGGACGACGAGGACGAUACAGAGGGUUCUGAGGACUUUGUCAGUGAGAGCGGUGAUGGCAAGAGAGCACCGUACUGGACCAACACUGAGAAGAUGGAGAAGCGGCUGCAUGCUGUUCCUGCAGCCAAUACUGUCAAGUUUCGCUGUCCAGCUGGGGGGAAUCCAACACCAACAAUGAGGUGGCUGAAAAAUGGAAAGGGAUUCAAGCAAGAACAUCGCAUCGGCGGCUACAAGGUCCGAAACCAGCACUGGAGCCUGAUAAUGGAGAGCGUGGUCCCAUCUGACAAGGGGAAUUACACCUGCGUGGUGGAGAAUGAGUAUGGCUCCAUCAAUCACACCUACCACCUGGAUGUCGUUGAGCGCUCGCCCCACCGGCCUAUCCUCCAAGCUGGCCUGCCUGCCAACGCCUCCACGGUGGUCGGGGGUGACGUGGAAUUUGUCUGCAAGGUCUACAGUGAUGCCCAGCCCCACAUCCAGUGGAUCAAACACGUGGAGAAGAAUGGCAGCAAGUAUGGACCUGAUGGGCUGCCCUACCUCAAGGUCCUCAAGCACUCGGGGAUAAAUAGUUCCAAUGCAGAAGUGCUGGCUCUGUUCAAUGUGACUGAGGCGGACGCUGGGGAGUAUAUAUGUAAGGUCUCCAAUUAUAUAGGGCAGGCCAACCAGUCUGCCUGGCUCACUGUCCUGCCCAAGCAGCAAGCCCCCGUGCGUGAGAAGGAGAUAACGGCCUCUCCUGACUACCUGGAGAUCGCCAUCUACUGCAUUGGGGUCUUUCUCAUCGCCUGCAUGGUGGUGACGGUCGUCCUGUGCCGAAUGAAGACCACCACCAAGAAGCCCGACUUUAGCAGCCAGCCCGCGGUGCACAAGCUCACCAAGCGCAUCCCCCUGCGGAGACAGGUAACAGUUUCUGCUGAGUCUAGCUCCUCCAUGAACUCCAAUACCCCGCUGGUAAGGAUCACCACUCGCCUCUCCUCAACCGCAGACACCCCCAUGUUGGCUGGGGUCUCCGAGUAUGAGCUUCCAGAAGAUCCAAAGUGGGAAUUUCCCCGAGAUAAGCUGACACUGGGCAAACCCCUGGGGGAAGGUUGCUUUGGGCAAGUGGUCAUGGCAGAAGCUGUGGGAAUUGACAAAGAGAAGCCCAAGGAGGCGGUCACGGUGGCGGUGAAGAUGCUGAAAGAUGAUGCCACGGAGAAAGACCUUUCUGACCUCGUGUCUGAGAUGGAGAUGAUGAAGAUGAUUGGGAAACAUAAAAACAUCACCAAUCUCCUGGGAGCCUGCACGCAGGAUGGCCCUCUCUACGUCAUAGUGGAGUACGCUUCCAAGGGCAACCUCCGAGAAUUUCUGCGUGCCCGCAGGCCGCCGGGCAUGGAGUAUUCGUACGAUAUCAACCGUGUCCCUGAGGAGCAGAUGACCUUCAAGGACUUGGUGUCCUGCACCUACCAGCUGGCCAGAGGCAUGGAGUACUUGGCAUCCCAAAAGGUGAGUCCUUGGGUGGGUUCCAGAGAGACUGUGAAGCCAGCAUGCUGGCUCCCUCAGGCCCUUGCACGUCUGCUGCAGCCUGGAAAAUAUGUCUCACCUGGUUCACCUGGGUCUUUAGUAAAUGAACUUGUUUCAUGGCCAAAACAGCCUUGUAACUAGUGUGGCACUGCCCAG